AUGGUGGUGCCAUGGCCAGUGCCAGUCCGGCGGACGGCAAUCGAUGACGUCGGCCUCCGUGGCAUCAGCGUCGGCCAGCUGCGCGAGCUUGCCGAUUAUCUGAGGCGCCUUUGCAAAACUGGGGCCCUGCGCUACACGAAGGCCUCCCGGGGCCCGUUGGGCGAGCGGAUUAAAUGGACGCAGAUUGCCAUGUACGAGAUCUGCAACGAGGUGGUCAAGCCCGUCAUCCGCUCGCUGGGAGUUGCAGACUGCAGCUGGGUGGAGCUGGUGGCCAGCGGGCCGCAGCGCCCGCACACCUUCAUCUCCCACUCCUGGAAGGAGUUCUUUCGCGACUUCAUGUCGACGGUGUUCAACCUUGAAAUGGAACGUGGCCUGACAGUUCGACACGCGGUCUGGAUCUGCACCUUUGCCAACAACCAGUUUGAGGUUGUGCUGGGGACGCGGCUUCUCAGCUCCCCCUUCUUCAGAGGCUUCGGGGAGGCCAAGGAGACGGCUCUGUUCCUGGACUUUGCGGCCGACUCUCUGAGCAGGUCCUGGUGCACCUUUGAACUGGCCGUCACCACCGACACGCAGCAGGCGCGGCUGCGGUGGCGUCUCCGCGAAGAGCUGGCGGAGAGCCGGGGCGUUCCAGCUGGGGAGGUGACCUGGGCAGAUGUAGAGCAGCGCCUCAUGCAGGAACAUGAGAAGCUGACGACGGACGUCUUCGACGGGCAAAAGCCGCUUCUGCUUUGCACCCCAGUGCCUUGCAUGCACAUCUUCAGAAAAUCCCUCCCCACCAGGUCUUCGCAAGCAUUGCAAGCCAAGGCUGUCAAUAAAACAUAA